CGCCGAAUGUAAUUCUGUUUGCGCCGCCUCUUUCGCAUCAAUUGUUUACACAUUUUCAUAAAUAACUGCCCAUAAUCCCGGCUUAAAUGUGCAAGGAGCGGUUCGGGCCCAACUUGAAGCUGUUCCCCAACGAACUCACGUGAUCCGAGCCCUGUGCGUGCGCCCGCGACCACGCACAUGGACCAGCAACAGGCGACGCCGCCAAAGAAGCGCAGACACAGCGAGUACCACGAUCCGGAUUAUCACCAAACGGAUGUACCCAGCCAGAAUGAGCCUCGACCGGAGGAUGACUUGUCACUACAGGGAAAGCGACUUAAAGUGGAGCCAGCGGGAACUGCGGCGGAGUUGCCACCGCCCGCUGACAAACUUCAGCGCAUCCGGGAGCUCCUGCGACUGGAGUUCCAACGCGAAAUCAGACAAAAAGUGGAGCAGCUGGCCGAGAUCGAUCGACGACUGCUGCAGGGACGCCAGCUGCUGGACAGACUGCGCUAUCAGGUGGUCAACGAGUACUACCGGAAGCAACAGGUUCCCCUCACCGCCGCCGACGUGGCCAAGGUGCGCGGCGACAGCCUGUUCGGGGACGAUGUGUCCGCUCCGCAGCUGCCCCUCCAUCCGGCCAUCAAGAAAAUCGUUGGCAAGCGCCCGGUUCCCAUUCAGAAUCAUCUGCCCGAGCGCACGGCGGCCACAUUGGCCAAAGAAACCAUUAGGCUGCGAAAUCCCGCACAUCGUCGUGCGGAAAGGAGGCGACAGCAGAAGAUCAAGGAGCAGGGAAUCGUUACCGAUCACUCCAAGGACCAGACAGAGGAGGAAGCUCCCAUUUCUGUUAAGCUGGAGGAUGAGCAACCCUGUACCAGUCGCCAGGCUUACGAAAGGCAAGUGGAGCUGAAUGCCUCGCGACUGAACAACAAGAACAAGUUCCUCUUUGUCGUGGGCAACACCUCCAAGUACAUUGGCGUGGGCUCCCAGGACAAGGCCACAGGUGAACAAGCUUUGAUCUACAAGUGGUUGGUAUAUGUGCAAGGCAAAAGGCUACCCCAACCAGUGGGAACCUACAUUAAAAAGGUGCGCUUUCACCUGCAUCAUUCCUAUCGACCCAACGAUAUUGUGGACGUGCACAGGCCUCCAUUUCAGCUGAACCGACGUGGCUGGGGCGAGUUUCCCAUGCGCAUCCAGCUCUUCUUUCAAGACCACUUGCAGCAGAAACCCGUGCAGCUGAUGCAUAAGUUGGUGCUGGACAAAACUAUGUGUGGCUUACAUACGAUGGGUGCUGAGACCACUGUGGAAAUAUGGCUGAGAGCGGAGCAGGCAUUGACGAAACGGAAAAGCAUAAAGGCUGCGCCUUCUCCUACGCCUAAUCCUCCACCCACAACCCCUGAUCCUCCUCUGGCGGUUGCUUCUCUUUUGGAACCGCCAUUUUUUGCUAUCCCCACCGAGUCGUGUAAGCCGCGAACCAUUUCCAUCACUCAAAACAAGGAGGAACUGGAUGACGAUCUGUUUGCGGGCAUCAACAAAAUCGAACUGAGCGACAUCGAGCAAAUUGAACCGACAGUCCUGGUAUCGGAGCCUCUGAAGUUGAGCUACAGUCCCAUAAAGCCGCCGCCCACUCCACCGACGCCUUCCAGGGCUCAGCUUCGGUUAAACGCAGCUCCGGUGAGCGCUUCUCGACCAUCGGUGGUGUAUCUGCCAGUAAAUGGCAGAAGCCCAAGGCAGGAAUCUACGUCAGAAAGGCGGAAGCUGGAGUUCUCUCCAGUUAAGCAGAUACCAGAUCCAUUGCCUCAGAAACCCUCUCCAGAUCGGCCACCCAUAAAGCCUGUGCGCAAUGGCCAACCCCCGGGUCAGAAGAAUGUUGUGUUCCAAAGAGCCGGAAAGCUGUACAUCAUUGAUCCCUUACAACGGAAGCUCAAACAGGCUGCGAAGCAACAAUCGCUGCUGAAACCACAAUUAAGUCUUCUCAAGCCGCCCUCGUUAACGCGCUGGCAUAUGCUGCAGUGCAUGCAGCAUGAUCAUGGCUAUGCCAACAUGAGUGGCGAGAUAGAGGAAAGGCCCAUGCUAUCAUAUAUAGCGCCUGCAGUUAUGGAAACGCCUUUGCAGACGCGACCUCGAAGGCUGGAGCAGAUCUUUGGCAGUGCCCACUUUCGAAAUAUGCGCGGUGCCGUGGAGUUCCUCCUGCGUCGCCUGCCGCUAACAGCAAUCGAUCAGAAGAAGGAGUACCCCUUUACAUGUUCAACCCUCGAGGAAUUCCACAAGCUAACUGCGCUCAAGCAACGCUGUUUUGAGUACUUGCGGGCGCGACUCCUGCGUCGCUGUCUGAUGCAGCACCACAAGCUGCAGCAGCUGGACAUCAGCGGGAAGGAACACUACUGGAGUUUGCGAGAGAUAGUGGCAUUCGCCAGGGUCCAUGGAUACACGCCGCCUCUCAAAGUGGUUUUACCCAGUGUGGACAAGAAGCGGAAACCGAAACUGGCGGCCGAAGAGCAACUUGCUCAGCGGGUGCAGGCGCAGCUCAAGGGCGAGCCCCAGCCGCAGCUCUCGGCCUACUCCAGUCUCAGCUCGGGCAAUCGGCUGAAUGCCUGGAUAGCCAGGCAAACGGAUCGGUUGCUUGGACACGAUCAAAGGAUGCGGGACAAGGAGUUCAUCGAUGUCCUGGGCGUGGACAAACCUCAUUCGCAGGCCUCCAGAGGCAAUCGGCUAACAAGUAGACCCCUCCAAGUGGUUAACAAUCGUCAACUGCUAUAUCUACCUCCACCGAAGCAGUUGGAUACGGCUUUGCAGUUGGUUCAGGAAAUGUGCAAGGACAUAAAUAUCUCUCUGGAGCCGGAGGAAUCUCCGCCAGGCGUCUCGCAGCCAGUGGCCCUUGCCGUGCUCGGCCAAGUGCUGUGCACUUUUGUCGAACGAUUAGUGCGCCGCUCCUUGGCUGCCAAGCUGCAGCAGGAGACCUUGGAACAUCUACCUCUGGCGGUGGCAAAUGCUCCGCUCUGCCUGCAGCCCCAGGACAUUGGCCGCGUCAUUCGCCAGUGCGCCGAUCUGGACUUCCUAGGCAACACCCACCUGGGUGUUUCUCCCCUGGAGCCACAAACCUAGUGGCUAGUUGCCAUAGUUUUGAAUUUAUUUUUUAUCAAGUGCGCGUAAUAGUUCAAAUUCUACUGGGAUAUUAGUCGAUAUCUAUUUAGUCUCUUGUUCUUUUUAGUAAGCAUACAACUAAGCAAUAAAUUAACUAAAUUAAU